AUGCUAAAAACUUUACUACGACCCCGCAUAACCUCGAACACUGCCCGUGGACUUGCCUCGCUCAGAGAAAAAGUUGGAAAAAUCGACCCGCUGGACCGAUUCCCCGUGAUGAACAUCCGGCUGCAGGGCCACGACUUUGUGCCCCUCGAAAAGUACCAGGCCUACGUGCACAAGAUUGCGAAAAAGUUCCAGUUUCCGGUGGUGGAUAGUUAUGCCGUCGCCGCGCAAACGAGCCGCGCCACCACCUUCAAGCCGCAGUCGACGAUUGUCGAUGAGUCGAUCGGCCUGUCGCAGUACGAGAGAGUGGUUCGAGUAGGCCCGAUCCCGGCGCCACGCCUCCAGCUCUUCCUCCAGAUGAUCCGCGCUCACAAUCCGAUCGGGGUUACG